AUAUUUCUAAUUCCUAAUAUGAAAUUAUAAAAGGAGACAAACCCCUCAAAGUCACUCAUCCACUGCUCUCUUCUUCUAUUCGUUUUGCUGUCUCAGUCUCUGUUUUCAUCUUCUGUUACACCAAUGUCUCACCAUGCUGAAUCGUCCGACUCGAAUCCUGAGAAGAAAGACUUCUCGACAGCGAUUCUGGAGCGGAAAAAAUCUCCUAACCGUUUGGUGAUCGACGAAGCGGUUACCGAUGAUAACUCAGUGGUUUCCAUGCAUCCUGAAACCAUGGAGAAAAAUAAACUUUUUCACGGAGAUGCUAUCCUCAUCAAGGGAAAGAAACGUAGGGACACGAUUUGCAUUGUUCUGGCAGACGAGAAAUGUGAGGAAGCGAAGUUAAGGAUGAAUAAAGUUGUGAGGUGGAAUUUGAGGGUUCGUCUUGGAGAUGUUGUGUCUGUCUAUUGCUCUGAAGUUCCGUAUGGGAAGCGUGUCAGCGUUCUUCCCAUUGAUGAUACCAUUGAAGGUCUCACUGGCAAUCUCUUUGAUUCAUAUUUGAAACCAUAUUUCUUUGAGGCUUAUCGUCCUCUGAGAAAGGGAGAUCUAUUUCUGGUUCGAGGAGGGAUGAGAAGUGUAGAGUUUAAGGUCAUUGAAACUGAUCCUGGGGAGUGUUGUCUGGUUGCUCCAGACACUGAAAUAUUCUGUGAGGGGGAACCUGUGAAAAGAGAGGAUGAAGAAAGGCUGGAUGAUGUUGGGUAUGAUGAUGUGGGUGGCGUCAGGAAGCAAAUGGCACAGAUUCGUGAGUUGGUAGAGCUUCCUCUUAGGCAUCCACAACUUUUUAAAUCAAUUGGUGUGAAACCACCCAAAGGAAUUCUUCUGUAUGGACCCCCAGGAUCUGGUAAGACCUUGAUAGCAAGAGCUGUUGCUAAUGAGACAGGAGCCUUCUUCUUUUGUAUUAAUGGACCAGAGAUUAUGUCCAAAAUGGCUGGAGAGAGUGAAAGCAACCUUAGGAAAGCAUUUGAAGAAGCUGAAAAGAAUGCCCCCUCCAUCAUAUUUAUUGAUGAGAUUGAUUCUAUUGCACCCAAGCGAGAGAAAACACAUGGUGAAGUUGAAAGGAGGAUUGUUUCUCAACUUUUGACUCUUAUGGAUGGAUUGAAAUCUCGUGCACAUGUUAUUGUUAUUGGAGCUACGAAUCGGCCAAAUAGCAUUGACCCUGCAUUGAGAAGGUUUGGUAGAUUUGAUAGGGAAAUUGAUAUUGGUGUUCCUGAUGAAGUUGGCAGACUUGAAGUCCUUCGCAUACAUACCAAAAACUUGAAGCUUUCAGAUGAUGUUGAUUUAGAGAGAAUUUCAAAAGAUACUCAUGGAUAUGUUGGUGCCGACCUUGCUGCCCUUUGCACUGAAGCUGCUCUGCAAUGCAUCCGGGAGAAGAUGGAUGUCAUUGAUUUGGAAGAUGAGAGCAUUGAUGCUGAAAUACUGAAUUCUAUGGUCGUUUCAAAUGAACAUUUCCUUACUUCUUUAGGAACUAGCAAUCCAUCUGCUUUACGUGAAACUGUUAUCGAGGUGCCCAAUGUCAGUUGGGCAGAUAUUGGAGGUCUUGAGAAUGUCAAGCGUGAGCUGCAAGAGACUGUUCAAUAUCCCGUGGAGCACCCUGAAAAAUUUGAGAAAUUUGGUAUGUCACCAUCAAAAGGAGUUCUGUUCUAUGGUCCUCCUGGAUGUGGAAAAACUUUGUUGGCCAAAGCAAUUGCUAAUGAAUGUCAAGCUAACUUCAUCAGCGUGAAAGGCCCAGAAUUGCUCACUAUGUGGUUUGGUGAAAGUGAGGCCAAUGUUCGAGAAAUUUUUGACAAGGCCAGACAAUCAGCUCCAUGUGUCCUCUUCUUUGACGAGCUUGAUUCUAUUGCUAUCCAGAGAGGAAGUAAAGUUGGGCAUGGUGGUGAAGCUGCUGAUAGAGUUCUGAAUCAACUUCUCACUGAAAUGGAUGGCAUGUCUGUUAAAAAGACUGUGUUCAUAAUUGGGGCAACCAACAGACCUGAUAUCAUUGACCCAGCUCUUCUACGGCCGGGCCGUCUAGAUCAACUGAUCUAUAUUCCUCUCCCUGAUGAAGAAUCCCGUUAUCAAAUCUUCAAGGCAUGCAUGAGGAAGUCACCUGUCUCAAAAGAGGUUGAUUUGGGAGCACUAGCUAAGUAUACUCAAGGCUUUAGUGGUGCUGACAUAACAGAAAUAUGCCAGCGGGCAUGCAAAUACGCUAUUAGAGAAGACAUAGAAAAGGACAUAGAGCAGGAGAAGAAGAGAAGAGAAAACCCUGAGACCAUGGUUGAAGACAAUGAAGAAGAUGUUGCCGAGAUCAAGGCUGCUCAUUUUGAAGAGUCAAUGAAGUUUGCUCGUAGGAGUGUUAGUGAUGCUGAUAUACGUAAAUACCAGGCAUUUGCUCAGACCUUACAACAAUCCCGUGGCUUUGGAAGUGAUUUUAGGUUUCCAGAGACUGGUGGAUCUGACCCCUUUGCAACUUCUGCUGCUGGGGCUGAAGAAGAUGAUCUGUAUAGUUAGGUUUUUCUUUAUUUGAAUAGUUUGCUCGA